GUGCUGCUGAAGCGGGCCGGAAGUAUCUGACAAUAUUGAUCAGUUAAACGUGUACCUUGCAACUGAGGAAGCUUACAAAGGAUACAAAGCCUAAUCUUUCUAAGUUAAUGUGUACGCUUGUAUCCUUGGACUUGCUGCCAGUGGCGGUGUCCAACACAGUCUGAACGCAUAGCAGUGACCUGGUACAGCGGUGUUUCCAAUUUGUGAACACCUCCUGGUGAAAUAUCUGCGGUGACGAUUUGAGGAGAUUGAACCGCGAGAAACAUCUGACGUCAGAAUGGACCAACAAGAAUCCUCAGUCAGGCACCGUCAUGCCACAAAUCCUUCCCUAGACAUCUCUACCGCCGAGAGGGACGAAAAGACAACAAACGGAGCAGUCAAGGAACAAGGUGGAAAGGUAGCCCCCGACGCUGUGAAGCGACGCCAGUCGAGUAGCGAUGGAAGUGCAGGCUGGAUGGCGAUGCUCACCAAGCCGGUUGACCCUUUGACUCUUGCAGUCUUCAGGUUUCUGUUCGGAGCCGCUAUGGUGGUACACAUUGUCAGAGCAGUGCUCACUCAAGAUGUGAUCGAAGCGAACUUCCAGGACUUUUUCCCUGAGACAAACUUUCACUACUACUUCGCCAUGAACGUCUGGAAGCCACCUGUCGACGUCACUUGGUUAAUCUUCUGGGCAUGCGCAGUUUCUGCUGGCCUCUUGUCCAUUGGUUUUUUGUAUCGUUUGGCCUCCCUGUCGUUUCUCUUUCUUUUUACUUACAUAAAUCUCAUGGAAAAGGCUCGCUACAACAACCACUACUAUCUGUACGUUCUCGUCUCCUUCUUGUUUCUUAUAACGGACUGCCACACAAGUUUUUCGUUAGAUCACCUCAUUGCUCGUUGGAGAGGAAAGAAAAAUGAAAGGACUGUUCCUGCGUGGCAUCUAUACAUCUUUCGAUUCCAGAUAUUUGUCUGCUAUUUUUAUGGGAGCAUCGCCAAAAUGAAUUACGAUUGGGUUAUCCGCGGGGAACCGUGCAAAACGUGGUUCUAUAGGGUUGAGCCUAUUCGCCAAUUGGCUGAAAUGGUCGUCCCGGUUGAAUAUGUGCCUAGCGUGAUUGGUUACUUCUUCAGCACAGGUGGACUUGCCUUCGACUUUCUUAUUGGUUUCAUGCUUCUCAGCCAGACAUUUCGACCAAUGGGGUUCCUCCUCACAUUUGGGUUCCAUUUAACGAAUCACUUCGUCUUCAAAAUCGGCACGUUUCCUUGGGUAAUGAUGGCCACAAAUAUCAUUUUUAUCGAACCGGAGACGGCUUCAAAAAUACCGAUUUUGAAAAGUUUUGCCUAUUCUGCAUAUCCCAAAAGCAAUGAUGAAAAGAAAACUAAAAUAUCAAAGCUAUGUCGUCCGCUAUUGGUCCUUUUGUUCUGCUACGUCACUGCGCAAUGCCUUGUGCCUUUCCGCCAUUGGCUGUACCCCGGUGACGUCAACUGGACCAUGGAGGGACAUCAGUUCAGUUGGAGAAUGAUGCUGAAUGCAGAAGACGUCGUCCUGCGCACUCUUAUAAGACCACAAGAUGGGGCCGAAGUAGUGCACACUGGCUACCAGCUCAAUGCCAGGCAGAUGAAGCGCAUGAUUACAGACCCAGAAAUGAUUCUGCAGUACGCACAGUAUCUCGGCAGGGAGCACAUGCAGACCACGGGAAGUCCUGCAAGUGUGCGUUUGGACAUGUGGAGGUCACUGAAUAACAGGCCCUUCCAACGAUGGGUUGACCCAUCAGUUGAUCUCACCACUACCGACUACUGGGCCUUCCACUACGCCUGGCUGGAGCCCCAGCUUCCGGACUCCGCCCUCGACUUCUCCGAGAUGGACAGAAUCCGUGCCGAGGCGAGGGAUCACGGGAAAAUGGCAUCCUUCUUCAUGGACAAGCCUGGUGGGGUUUUCAAGACGACGCUCCAGGCCGGCGGUCCGUGCUCGAACGUCACCCUGCUCGCGGUGAGCGGAGACGUGACGGUGCAGGUCAGGAAGGUGCACACCCCCGUCCCGGUCGGCACGGAGUUCGCCCUCCCCGCCACGGGGGGCUUCCACAGGGUGCGGACGGGCGGGGACGGCCCUGCCGCCGUCUGGGCUUACCUGCACGACUGCUCCCCGGGACACUUUCACGACGCCAUGAUGAUGACCAGCAUGGAUAGCUGGGAACUGUAAUAUAUAGACACUCACUAGAUAACCAAUGUGCAGUGACAAACAUAUGACUUACGUGCACUUUUGUAAAGAAACCAUGAAAAACACAAACAAAAUGGUUUGCGUGUCAUCGCUUUGACUGUGUCAUAUUAUAUUCUCAUUUAGAAGAGAGGAAAAAAAUAACCAGAUUUAGAGUGAACAGAGAUAUAUAUAUGUGGAGCUACUGCUAGCUUGGAAGAAUAUAUUUAAGUCUGUUUUCUGUUUGUAAAUAACAAAAUUCCCAAUGCCGCGCCGAAUCACAUUGAAACAUAGUAACUUACAUUGAAAGUUGUGAAAA